AUGCAGUUCUUCUCCAAGACUAUGUUGGCCCUUAGCCUCCUCGGCUCUCUUGCCUCCUCUUCUCCUAUAGCUACACCUUCUCUCGUCACCCGUGCCAUCUCUGAAACAUCUCUCAUCCCUCAUGCUACCCAUGGCGUUGGCCAUAACGAUACCCACCCUGCCGCUCAUCGUGUCGGCUACCACUGUACACACCAUACUACCCAUAAAGGUGGUCAUCGUUGUACCCAUCAUGCUACCCAUAAGUGCGGUCCUCAUUGUCCCCAUCAUGCCAAGCACGACUACGUCGGACACUCCGACAACGAGAAAGCCCUCACCUUGCAGCACGGGAUGGCCAUGGAAUUAGUCCCCGUCAGCAAUGUCUGCACCGGUCACGAGUACUGCGAAAAGAACAUCCAGGACAAGAAGUUCCUCAGCGGCGAUCUCAACAAGGCCCUCAAGAACGUCACCGUGUCCAUGGAGCAAGUCGAGGCCUCUCCUCUCAUCAUCAGGGUCACGGUCACCAACAACAGUACCGGUCCCAUCACCUUCUGGAAGGACUUGUCGCCUCUGAGCAGCUAUGCUCUUGACCUCGGCUACUUCCACGUGCAGAGCGGUAUUGAUGGUGUCAAGUUCGGCGAGCGCACUCGUGCCGAGGCCCACGGCUACAGACCGGACUCAUACAGCGACCUCAUCGAGGUCGGCGCUGGCGCGUGGGCGCGCACAAACAUCACGCUUCCCCGGGACACGGACACCCCUGAGGCCGAGACCUGGCUCAAGAUGCUCGAGAUGGGCGGCAACGCCACGGUCAGGAUGUCCGGAAACUGGUACGGCAUCUGGGCGGCUAGCAAGGAAAAGGUCAUGGCGACCGAUAUGGAGUACAGCCAGUAUGGCUUUAAUUUCUGGAAUGACCUGUACAUUCCAUGGGAGGCGACAUUCUCUGAGGAGUCUGCCAAGUACUCGCCUGUCUGGGGCAUGGGUCUUUAUCUGGAGUAG